UUCAUUCCCUGGCUGAAGCCCUCCGAGGGAGGCGGUGGUGGCCACACAGGGCUACCAACAGGCUUGUGGUGGUAGUUUUGGCAGCAGCUGCGGAAGCUCGAGCCAUGGCGGAGUUGGAGCACCUGGGAGGGAAGCGAGCAGAGUCGGCGCGAGCGCGGCGGGCUGAGCAGCUGCGGCGCUGGCGGGGCUCGCUGACAGAGCAGGAGCCCGCGGAGCGACAGGGCGCGGGGCGCCAGCUGCAGACCAGACGCGGGAGCCCCAGGGUCCGCUUCGAGGACGGUGCGGUCUUUCUAGCUGCCUGCUCCAGCGGGGACACGGAUGAGGUGAAAAAGCUUCUGGCAAGAGGUGCGGACAUCAACACGGUCAACGUGGACGGCUUGACAGCCCUGCACCAGGCCUGUAUUGAUGAAAAUUUGGACAUGGUGAAGUUUCUGGUGGAGAACAGAGCCAAUGUAAACCAGCAAGACAACGAGGGCUGGACACCUCUGCAUGCAGCAGCUUCCUGUGGUUAUCUCAACAUAGCAGAGUAUUUUAUUAGCCAUGGAGCCAGUGUGGGUAUUGUGAACAGUGAAGGUGAAGUUCCUUCUGACCUUGCAGAGGAGCCAGCCAUGAAAGAUCUUCUUCUGGAACAAGUAAAGAAACAAGGAGUUGAUCUAGAGCAGUCAAGGAAGGAGGAAGAACAGCAAAUGUUGCAGGAUGCCCGCCAGUGGCUCAACAGCGGGAAAAUAGAAGAUGUGAGGCAGGCUCGCUCAGGGGCCACAGCCCUGCAUGUAGCUGCUGCCAAAGGUUACUCUGAAGUCCUCAGGCUUCUCAUUCAGGCUGGCUAUGAACUCAAUGUUCAGGAUCAUGACGGCUGGACUCCUCUUCAUGCAGCUGCACACUGGGGAGUGAAAGAGGCUUGUUCCAUCCUGGCAGAAGCACUCUGUGACAUGGAUAUCCGGAACAAACUGGGCCAGACGCCGUUUGAUGUGGCUGAUGAAGGUCUUGUGGAGCACUUGGAGAUGCUUCAGAAGAAGCAAGAUGUGCUUCGAAGUGAGAAGGAGACACGGAAUAAACUCAUCGAGUCAGACCUGAGUAGCAAGUUUCAGAGUGGACUCUUUAAAAACAAAGAGAAGAUGCUUUAUGAAGAAGAGAUCCCCAAGUCCCAAGAAACAGAGGAAGAAAACAAAGAAUCCAGCAGCUCCAGCUCAGAGGAGGAGGAAGGGGAAGAUGAAGUUUCUGAAUCAGAAACUGAGAAGGAGGCAGAUAAAAAGCCAGAAGCCACUGUCAACCAUUCCAACUCUGAAAGCAAGAGUCAGAUCGUGGAGCAGAUCCCAGCCCCAGCUCAGAACACCUUCUCUGCCUCUUCAGCUAGGAGAUUGUCCAGUCUUUUCAACAAGGCAGAAGAGCCUAAAGACGAAUCUCCUUCUUCAUGGAGACUGGGACUCAGAAAAACUGGUAGCCACAAUAUGCUGAGUGAAGUGGCCAAUUCCAGGGAGGCCCUUAGGGAUCGAGGUUCUUCCAUCCACCGUUCCUCCUCAAGCCCUCGGAUCUCUGCUUUGCUGGAUGACAAAGAUAAGGAAAGAGAAAACAAAAGCUAUUUCAGUACGCUAGUACCCCGGAGACUCAGUAGCACAAGUGACAUUGAAGAAAAGGAGAACAGAGAGUCAGCUGUUAAUCUAGUAAGGAGUGGCUCCUACACCAGGCAACUGUGGAGAGAUGAAGCAAAGGGAAAUGAAGCCCCACAGACAAUCGCUCCUUCCACUUACACGGCAACUUACUUGAAAAGUGCUUCAUUUGGUAAAAGUAGUGACCCCACAAGUCCCUACAUUUCAGCCAAUCGCAAUUCAUCUCCUGCUACCACACCCAUUACCAUUGGUUCAUCAACCUCUCGGGGCAGCCAGUGGCAACCUGCCUCUUCUUGCCCUGCACCAGUCAGUACAAACACUACUGCAUCUGUGCAGCACGUCAGGACUCCUUACAAAUCUCAGGCUGACUCAACAGCGGAGAAAACAGCAGACAGUGUCUCUUCCAGUACCCCACUGUGUGUGAUCACCAACCGCCCUGCGCCAAGCACUGCCAAUGGGGUUCCAGCUGCCACAGUGUUCUCCUCCACUGGAAUAGACUCCUCUGUGGAAGCACGGGAGAAGAGGAGGUCUUAUCUGACUCCUGUACGGGAUGAGGAGGCAGAGUCUUUACGGAAAGCACGCUCCAGACAAGCUCGGCAGACUCGAAGGUCUACUCAAGGUGUUACCCUAACAGACCUCCAAGAAGCAGAAAAGACUUUCAGCCGAUCAAGGGCAGAGAGACAAGCUCAGGAACAGCCUGGUGAGAAGCUUGAAGAUCCUGGUGGGCUUGAAGGGAGCACCAAGAAGCAGGAGCCCUCAGCAGCCCCAGCAAGGGAAGCUGGCGAGGGCCAGCAGCCUUGGGGCAGAAGUCUGGAUGAAGAGCCUAUCUAUCAUCGCCUAAGAUGUUCAACUCAGCCAGACAAACCCACAACACCAGUUUCUCCUUCUAUGUCAAGACCCUCCCUAUACACUGGUUCUCAUCUGCUGCGUACAAGUAGAGCUUCAGUCCCUGAUUCUGAGAAUUCGGAGACCACCACACACACCACAGCCGCAAAGGAAGUGGACAUGAGUGAGAAAGAAGAAGCUGAUUUGGAUGAUCAGUCCUCUAACAGGCUGUCUGUCCGAGAGAGGAGACGACCUAAAGAUCGGCGAAGAGGCACAGGCAUUAACUUCUGGACUAAGGACGAGGAUGAAACAGAUGUCUCUGAAGAGGUCAAAGAAGCAUGGCAUGAAAGACUUUCUAGGUUGGAGUCAGGAGGAACCAACCCAACCAGCAGUGAUUCUUACAGUGACCGUGCCUCAGCAAGAGCCCGUCGGGAGGCCAGGGAGGCUCGUCUAGCCAGCCUGACCAGCCGAGUAGAAGAAGACAGCAACAGAGAUUAUAAAAAACUCUACGAGAGUGCCCUGACCGAAAACCAAAAACUGAAAACAAAGCUUCAGGAGGCCCAGCUAGAGCUUGCCGAUAUAAAAGCCAAGCUUGAGAAGAUGGCCCAGCAGAAACAAGAGAAGACCUCUGACCGGUCCUCGGUGCUGGAGGUGGAGAAGCGGGAGAGGCGAGCACUGGAACGGAAAAUGUCGGAAAUGGAAGAAGAGAUGAAGGUGUUAACAGAACUGAAAUCUGACAAUCAGAGGCUGAAGGAUGAAAAUGGUGCCCUCAUCAGAGUCAUCAGCAAACUGUCCAAAUAGAGGAGGUCAGGUCUGGGAAGAGGGACAGCAUUUGCUGCCCACUCUUCGCUUCCAGCUAUAGCCUUCUGGCCAAAAGACGUGAAUGUUCCUGAAGGAGGGCACCUCCCUGUGGCCUCGUCAGUCACCUCUGCACUGUACAUUGUCUCUGCACUCUCCAUGCCCAUUCCCCCACACCUCUGUCCUAAGUUUUACGACAGUUUUAACUGAAGCAUGAUUGUGACCAUUUGAAACAAUCUGGAGAAAGCUUUGUGGGGUACACCAAGCUUAGCUGUGACCCCAACUUUCUGCUGCUUUGUCCACAUUGGUUUUGGUCCAGAUAUGUAAGGCUUUGACCCAUAGCCUUUACACUGACCCACUGUUCUUUAUAUAGGUGAGUCUUGUGGUGGCCACUCUGGGGUCCUAUCUGGGGUGCAAGAGAAAGGGCAGAAUGUGGAGCUUUCUCUGGUGGGCCUCUGGAGCUGUUGGCUUGUAGUCCACAGUGACCCUGUGCUGAGGCUGCUAUUCACCACUCAGGAACUGACUUGUUUCUACUUUCCUACCAGUAACCUAGGAACAUCGCUGACUAGUCUUAACCUGAUUUCUCCUCUCCGCAAGGCCCAGACAGCCUUGGACUCUCUUGUUCCUUUUCUUGCUGUCCUUUGGUGAUUUCUCCUCCCACCCUGAUGGCAUAAAAGCUGAAACCGAGCUCCUGACCUCAGCUGUUUGGAAACUCCUCACUCUGCUGUCUUGGUGCCAUGACCCUGCCCUGCGAAGUUAGAGGACGGCUUAAGGUUUCAGCCUGUUGUUCAUAUCUCCCACUUGUCUGCUUACAAAAUCUUUUCUGAACUCUUCAAGUUGUACAAGUAGUAUAUAUCUCUAAUCCCAGCACUCGGGAAGCUGAGGGAGAAGGACCAGGAGUUUGAGGCCAGCUACACAGCAAGACCCUCUCUCCAGACAGAGCAAGCCUGGGUGUUGAGUGCUCCAGUUUGCCUUGCUUCCUUUGGCUUUGUUCCCUUUUCACUCAGACCCUGCUCCUAAUGAGAAGUCAUUGCAAGGAGGUCUUGGGGACAGCAGGGGCGGAAGCUAGACUAGAGGGUGGAAGCAGGCCAGAGAGACGUGGAAAGAUCUGAGAACACUUGGAACACUGCGGAGAUGGUGGUAACUUGCUUUCUGGUGGUCAUAUUCAGGGAAGAGAUCCCUUCUUAGAAGCCAACAGGAGAGGUGACUGCUGGGUAGAGACUGAAGAUGAAGAAGAGUACUCAUGGACUCUUAAGAGCGGCAAGCCCCAAAGAUCAUCUGGCCCAGCGUUCUUGUGACUUCCUGCUGCCAUAACUCUGACCUGUAGUCAGCCUCUGGGAGCUAUGCAUGUCUAACUUGAAGUUUGGGCACCUCUACUAAUUUUUUAACUAAUAGAAGGUGAGGUCUGCUGCUUUCUGCCAGGAUAGCACAUUAGGUGUGGGUGGGUAGUGGUCUCUACUUACCUAGUCCCUUGAGUCCCUCUUCAGAUGCCAUGAUUUUGAUACCUGUCACAUCUUGACUACCAUCCUCUAGAGUCUAGACAAAGCAGCCGUUUAGCUUAUGCCUCAGCCUAUGUAGAGUACUCUGUAACUCCAGCACACAGUUAAACUGCUAGCUCUUGUUGAUGAUCCAGUGCAGAUGGGUACAAUGUGGAUUUUGUAGGCAUUUUGUCCUAUGGUUCACAUUAAAGGACACGUCCUUUAACGCCUCAUUGUUUGAGGGUUGCUAGUGAAGUGGACCAUUCUAACACUACCUCUGUUAGUUUCUUUCAUGAGGACGCCACUGUCCUUUUUGGUGGCUCUUGCAGACGUCGUGUGCUCUUAAACAGAUGUUGUAAUUCAGGUCCCUGGUACAGAAUGGGAGCUCUGUCUCCUCUGACACACUGACUCAGCACAUGUAAGAUCCUCUUUCCACUUCAGCCUGUUGUGUGAAGACUCGCAUGUUGGUCUGUUCUCUUGUGAAGCACUGAGCCACAGUGCUCAGCCCCUGUCUUCUGCUCUAGGAAGCAUUCUCUUCUUCCUGGGAGAUGUCACCAGGAUGCCAGCCACUGACUCUCCUAGCAUGGGUUCUGGAUUGGGAAAGAGGGAACUGUUGUCUCAUUCUUAGGAAAAGAAGAUGGGACUGUAGGAAAGCAGUCCGCACCUCCUCCAUGCAUAGGCCAGGUGAGGGUGUUCAGAGCUAUGCCUUUCGGUCUUUUGAAGCAUAGGGAAAGUGCUCGAAAACUCACACACUGGCAUUAUACCUGCUGCUGUACAUGGCCUUCGUGUUAAGAUGCCACCUCUUACCAGGAAGGUUUCCUUGUGACAAGCUUUUCAGUCUCGGUAGUACUAGCCUCUGUGGCCAAGAACCCUUCAGAGCACACAUGGUCCCAGGCCAUUCCUGGCAACUCCUUUCAGGCCACUAAUUUUAUUAGAAGCAUUGUGAAUUUAGUCUCUUCCAGAGAAGAAAACUCCAUUUCUUCAAAAUCAUACUGACUGAAAGACCCAUGAAAGACAUGGCCUCCUGAGGCUAGCUCUUCUGUGUGUGCAGUCUCCUUUUCCUGUGUAACUCGGCCAGUUACACACCGUGGGUCUCCCCAGUGGCCACCAGCCUCACCUGCUGGCUUCUCGUGAGUAAUCCCAUGACCAGAGCUUACUGUUCCACUGCAAGCAAGCAAGCAUGCAGGAAGGACUCAGCCUUGUCACACCAGUCUUCGUGGGAAAUUAAGAUAGGGACAAGAGCGUUCUCAUUCAUUUGACACCUUUCAAUACCCAAGCCACCUCUGAGGGUAAUGACUGGUCAGUCCAGAGAAUCUCUGGCUGGAGUUUGCCUGCUUGACUUUCAAGGGGUUCCAAGCCUUUCCAGACAGUUCCUGAAAGUGCUGACCCCAGCUCCAUCCCAGUCUCUAGGGGAAGAGCUAUGCACAUUCAAGGGUGUUGCCUCUAAAGAAUCUGAAGAACAGCCCUAUCUUGGAGCCGUGCCUCCUUGUGAGUGUCCAGCACUGGGACAUGUUCUCACUCUGCUUUCUCUGCCUCAGCCCCUGAGGUGCAAGGAUUGUUCAGUGGGGUUGCUGGCAGCUUCCACUCAGGAAGUACAGGAGCAGUCUGCAGGCCUCAGAAGAGUAUAGGAACCAGAGUGAAGGGCCUCUCCAAGCCAUGUCCCUGGGGGCUCUGCUCUCUGGUCCUUUUGCAGCAGAGGGACAGCUCCAACCAUUGCUUACAUGCCUUUUCAGUGGUGGGCCCUGUCCAGAUCCAUGCCCAAGUCUAGCUGCCGCUCAGCUGCCACUCUAUUCUGAAGAUAGGUGCAAACCCUCCAACAGUCCAGGUCCCCAUGACUCAGGAGUGAGGCAGCUUUGCGGGCAGGGUACUUUCAAGUCCUCUUGGCUUAAAAUUCUGUCAUGUAUUCAAAGAUGAGGACUUUUUUUACACUUAGAUUUCUGCUUCAAAAAUGGCUUAACUUUGAAUUUUCAAGAUCAGUCUUGCUUUCUUCCCAAAUUCAAGCUGUUUAAGAUUGGCCUGUCAAGGUCGACCUCCCCUCUGUGCUGGAAAGUGAAUUUAACAUUGAAAGCAAUUGAACAGUGUGCUGUGAUUGCCUUCCUUCCUGGUGGUUAGGUAAAAAUAUUGCCAACCUGCAGAGGUGGAGAUUGGAGCUCCUGGAACGGACAGAGCAGUGUUUCAGGCCUCCGAGGACGCGAUGUACAUCAUAGCAAACCAGCUGCUGCUGGUAGGUUUGCUCAGCCACCUCUCCCAGAUGUGACCAGCGCUGCUUCCCAGUACCCAAGCAGCAGACUUUAUGCUUGGCACCAACUAGUUUCUAGUCUUGAGCUCUACCUUGAGCAGCAGGAGAGCGUUCCUCCGGCUGCUGUUCAGGCUCUUUCACAGGAGACACCAGGGCCACAUAGCACAGAAUGGUGCCCAGCUCUAGCCAGACACCUAUGCUUGGGGCUUGGAUGUGAGGAAAGGGGCAGACCCUGAAACUGGGUGCCUGCUAUAGUGGGCAAAAGGCAGGAGAAGGUCUGAAUGUGGAAUGGGGAGAGGUCGGAGCCUGCGAGAAAGGGAGCCAGGCUUUUGCACCUGGAAGUGUGUUCUGUCUCAUUGAGUUCGUCCCUCAGCUCCAGCUGAGCGAGAUUUUAAUCAGCUCCUCUAAUGGGUAUUGACACUGCUCGGAGCAGUCGACUCUGUUAGGGACAACUAUUGAUUGCUUGUGUUCUGAUUAGAUUGGAAAAAUAGAUCAACUUCAUUAUAGCCCAGAAGCUGUCAUUGUCACAGCUACAAAGAAAUGAAGUGGUCUCUGAGGGCUGAGGAAAGUCAGUUGGACUCCUGACAAGCCAGAGAGUAGCUGAAAAUUGCAUCCAUGUCUCCUUGAGAACUGUGGUUAAGGGUCACAAAUCUCCUGGGGUGCCUGGACACCCACUAUGGCUAUAUGGGAGAGGAGGGAAUACCUAAGCCAUGGCACUGAAGCACAUCCUGGCCUUACCUCAGCAGACUUGACAAUGUGAGGGUCUCUUCAAGCCUGGGAGUACACCACAGCCCACACCCCCACACACACCCUCACACACCAGGCUGAAGCUUUCAAAGAGGUCUGGCAUUUCUUGAUGAGAAUGGGAACAGAUAGUUUACCCAGUGCGCUCUGUCUCAGUGCACUCGGGCUCUUGCUCCUCACACCCCCUCCCAGUUUCCAAAAGCUCUUCUCCCGCUCCUCAGCUUAUCUUCCAAACUAGGAAUCUACCAGAACGACAUUUUGUUAUUUUGCCUCUAGAUUUUCCCCUAAUGUUUCCAAUAAAAUUUUGCUUGGGUGGCCCCUUAAGGUGUCACCAAGAUGCUAACCUAGGGCCCUCCAAAAUAAGCACACCCUCCCCAUCCCUUCCCUCUCAGCUCUCUCCACGGGCGCGCCUUAGGCCUUGCUUUUCUACACUUGGACUUGAUGGUGCUCAAGGGAAGAGGUUUUCCAUUAAUCAGCCAAGAGUCCUGGAAGAUGUUCAAAUGCCAACAGCAUUUCAUUCCACCCACUACCCAUGGCUAGCCCCUUCCACUUUCAGAACUCCCUGGCUGUGCUAGUGGCCCUCACAGACCAGACUUGGCUUAUAGGUCUACACGACUCCUCUGUAUCAGCGUCGUGUCUGCUCAUUCUGUCAUCCCUGAAAGAUGUGACUGGUGCCAGCUUACGGCAGAAGUGUUUCCCCUGCACAGGCUGGAUGAGUUUGUCUGCAUAGUGACAGCCACUCAGCCAGGCAGGUGAGAAGAUCCACAGGAGGCCUGACCAGGAGAAGUCAGAAGAGCCUCUGACAUGCUCUUGAACCCAGUGCUAAGGAUCAGAGCUUGGCUCCUGAACAAGGGACACUCGGGCUGGUACCAGCUUGAUUCUCUCCAGAGUGCAUGUGUCUGUGCUGUUCUCAUCCUACUCUCCUGAGACCUCGAGCAGAUUCCAGCUUAUCCUAGGAUGGGGGACUAUGUGAAAGCAAUUGUAGGUAAAGGUACCAGAAGCCCAGUACAUGGGAGAGGAUUCCUAGAGGAUGCACCAUCCAACACCCCCACCUGUCCACUCAACAUCCCUUGAGCCCUAGGAAGCUCAGCCCUCCUUCUGGCUGGUCCCUUCAAGCAAAGCCAUGAUUUUCCUGAAGAGGGGAGCAUUGUGCCACGCCCUUUCCCUCUGCAGGGUUGGUGGUUCAGACCCCAGCAUUGGCUUGACAGUUUUCUUCCUGGCAUGUGUCCUCCGCUCCAAUCUUGGUCACCACUUCAGCGCUAGCAUUUUGUAUUUCCUCUCUCCACCCUUCACCCACGCUUAAUGCACCGAAUGGAACUGUUUGCCAGCUGAGUUGUGUGGAUUAACUUGAGUCAACUGUAAAUACACCUGGAGGUUCCUGAGGGCGGAGCCAGACUGACUUUCCAAACUGAAUGUAUUUUUAUGCAAUUUUGAGUGGCCUUUUUAACCCUGAGAUGAAUGGAUUUGUUUUACUGGGUGUUGUUAUAUAGUAUUAAGUAUUCUGUGUUUGAAAGUUUGAGAAUAAUAUUCACAUCUAUAUGAUGCCUGUAAACACAACAGUAUUUAUAAAUGAGUAAAUAAAACUGUGUUUUAACUUGG